AUUGACUGAGUCUCACCGAAAAGCCAUCCGGGUGAUCCAGAGAAUGCGUUAUUUUGUAGCCAAGAGAAACUUCCAGCAAGCUCGUAAGCCCUAUGAUGUGCGGGACGUGAUCGAGCAAUACUCCCAGGGUCACCUCAACCUCAUGGUGCGAAUUAAGGAGCUGCAAAGAAGACUGGACCAGUCUAUAGGGAAGAUAACUUUGUUCCAGUCGGGCUCCGACCGAGACAAAGACAAAGGCACCAACUCAAUCGGAGUCCGACUCAACAGGAUGGAGGACAAGAUAUCGCACAUGGACCAAACGCUAAACCGCAUUGCAGAGUCCCUCACCUUCCUGCUGGCCCAGAGGGACCCGGGUGACUGUGAGGGUGGAGGUGUAGGGGGAGGCGGGGUGACAGUAAGGCGAGGAAGGACCUGUAAUGUCCUCCCGAGUCAGGACAGCCUGCCAAGCUAUGACCAGCUGUCUUCAUCACCUUCCCCCCUCUCCUCCAACACUAAAGCCGGCCCCCACCAUGCCAGUCGGGAGGAGAACUGCUGAUACCAGGACGUUUUUAUCUUUUUAAAACAAUUUAUAAAAUG